AUGGGGCCUGCCAGUCUUGCUGAUACUAAGCCACGUGUGGUCUCCCUUCUAGAACAGGGCAAAGAGCCCUGGAUGGUUAUGAGGAAUGAGACAAAAAUUUGGCAUCCUGAUCGGGAGUCUAGGGCAGAAGCCAAGGGCUUCCUUCCAAAGGGCAGUUCCAAAAUAAAAACAUGGCAAGAAAAGAUGGCAAAAGACCACACAUGCCCCAGCCUUGACGACAACAGGGACAGAGGGGACAGAGAAGUCCCACGUGAGCUGGAAGGUCAACAGGUCCAUCAGGAGGGGCACUUGAGACAAGCUGCAGUACCCUCUGUCCAGAGGCCUGAUUCUGUCCAGUGCACAGCCCAUAGGGAGGCUCACCCUGGAGGNAAAGCCUGCAGCUGUGAGAAGUGUCAGAAAACNUNCCUGGACCAGGUGCCUCCCACCGAACGUGACAAAAUCCACAGUAAGGCCAAGGCCAGUGAGCAUGCACAGCACAGCAGGGUCCUUAAUAACUGCACAUCAGACNUGGCUGUGCAUCAGAGACCCCACGAAAGCAGAAAGGACAGUGAGAGUAAGAAAAGUGCCCUUGCUAGUGGUUCUGACACCUCAAAACCUCAGAGCGCUCAGGGUAGUGAGAGGCCGCAUAAGUGUAAGGAAUGUGGGAAGGCCUUUCACACUCCCUCCCAGCUCAGUCACCAUCAAAAGCUGCAUGUGGGUGAGAAGCCCUACAAGUGCCAGGAGUGUGGGAANGCUUUCCCCUCUAACGCCCAGCUUAGUCUUCACCAUAGAGUUCACACUGAUGAGAANUGCUUUGAAUGCAAGGAGUGUGGGAAAGCCUUCAUGCGCCCAUCACACCUGCUCCGGCACCAGCGCAUACACACUGGGGAGAAGCCUCAUAAGUGUAAGGAGUGCGGGAAGACCUUCCGCUAUGACACACAGCUCAGCCUGCACCUGCUCACGCAUGCUGGGGCACGGCGCUUUGAGUGUAAGGACUGUGACAAGGUGUAUAGCUGUGCCUCCCAGCUCGCUCUCCACCAGAUGUCACACACUGNGGAGAAGCCCCACAAGUGUAAGGAGUGUGGGAAAGGCUUCAUCUCUGACUCACACCUUCUUCGCCAUCAGAGUGUUCACACUGGUGAGAAGCCCUAUAAGUGUAAGGAAUGUGGCAAAGGCUUCCAUCAUGGUUCAGAACUUGCCCGACAUCAGAGAGCCCAUUCUGGUGAUAAACCCUACAAGUGUAAGGAAUGCGGAAAGUCCUUCACUUGCACCACGGAGCUCUUUAGACAUCAGAAAGUUCACACUGGCGAUAGACCCCACAAAUGUAAGGAGUGUGGGAAGGCCUUCACCCGAAGAUCAGAGCUGAUGCAUCAUGAAAGAAGCCACAGCGGUGAGAAACCCUAUGAGUGUAAAGAGUGNGGAAAGACCUUCGGCCGAGGCUCAGAGCUCAGUCGACACCAGAAAAUCCACACCGGUGAGAAGCCCUAUAAGUGUCAGCAAUGUGGGAAGGCCUUUAUUCGUGGCUCUCACCUUACCCAACAUUAGAGGAUUCAUACAGGACAGAGGAGUGAAUGAGUUGCCAUCAGAAAAUCCAUACAGUUUAAAAACCCUGUGGUGGCUGACAAUGUGGGAAGACAACGAGAUACAGGGUUUCUCAUUGGCACUAAAAUUCAUACUAAAAAGACCCAUUAAGUCCAGAAGUGAUGGAACGUGUGUCACCAGAAAGAAACCUUAUAACUCCAGAAACUGGAGGGGACUUACUUGUUUCAGAAUUUAUCAUACGGCUUUAGUUGAUGAAAAACUUAAGUUCCAUGAAUGUAAAGAAAGGAGGAGCGCCUCUCAGUGGCCCGCAGCCAAACACGCAGGCCUCAAGAUUCACAGCAGGGACAAGCAGAGGGCAGUGAGCACGUCUGAGAGAUUAGCAGUUGGAACCUUUCCACACCCACACCCGGGCCAGCCCUCUGAAGAGAGAAGACAGUCAUUAUACUGCGUGAUCUCUCUGUCCUACCUCAGGCCGCACUUCUGCUCAAAUGCAGCACACUCGCCAUUCAUCUCACUCAACGCGCAUGGAAUGUUUGCUACUUUAUAAAGCCAUUUGGACUGCGGAGUGUGGAAAGGACUCGGCCAUGCUAACNUUUUANAUGUCCUCAUGAUUCAGGGCAGAUUAUUUACCAACUAUCCUCUUCUUCUGUGAGGUAGCAGUNUUAGCCCCAUGUUUCUAGUUAUGCUUUGAGGAUGUGUGUAGUUUGUGGAAUAGNAUCCAGCUAGUAUCUAAAGUGUGCCAAGUGCAGCAGGCAUGCUGUUCCACACCUGCGAUAUAUGCAUCUGAAGCCAAAGGUAGGAGGGAGGAUCACAAGGUGAGGUGAGCUUGGAGACUCUUUAGUCAAACAAACAAACAAAAUUAUACCAAAUAUAGCUGCUUUCUUUAUUUUCAUAAUUGUGAACUUUUACAUAACAGUCUAUAAGAGGAAAGCCUUAUAUGUCCAGUAACUGGAGGGACAUCUUGCCUCGUCUCUUUGACUGUUACAGAAUUCUUAUGAAGAAAGACCUAAAGCUUUCNUUCCUAGUUUACCCUUCUGCUGUCAGAAGCCUCAGAACUGGAAUGUGGUGAGGUCAGUAUGAGGACGGGCUGGGAUGAAUUACUAAAGCCUCCGUGAGCGAGGAGUGGUGCUACAUAUAUCCAGUAAUCCCAGCUCUUGGGAGGUAGGGACAGGACAGGGAUUCAAGUCCAUCCUGUUCUACCUGGUUAGUUGGGGGUUAGCCUGGG